AUGCUUCUAUCUGAAACAAAGCUACGACAGGAGCAUAAACUGAAACUGCGGGGUUUUACCACUAUCCGGAAGGACCGUCCUGAUGCUGUGAGAGGCGGUGGGGUGGCUAUACUGGUAAGGAGGGGUAUCGCUCACACGCAGAUACCGCAGCAACGCAGUAACAUCGAACAAGAUGGAAUCAAGCUUGCUGACGGCACCUGCGUGUUUGCGGUAUACAACCAACCAAGUGUACACUUCACUCCGCAUGAUUUGGACAAUUUGCUCAAUGUUGGGAAUAAAGUGCUGGUUGUGGGAAACCUCAACGCCAGGAGGCGUGAGUGGAACUGCCACAAUCAACAGAAUACGAAUGGUAGCACGCUGUUGGAAUAUUCCCUGAACAACAAUAUCAAUAUCGAAUUCCCGGAGGAGCCUACCCACUACCCCUGGAAUGGUUCGUCACCCACAACUAUCGACCUGGUAUUGAAUAAAAACGUCCGCGAUUUGGGGAUGUUGGUUACCGUGGACGAGCUCAGCUCCGACCAUUGUCCGGUGCUCUUUGAUCUCAAAAGGGAGAUACCCAACAAUAAAAAAAUAAAAUAUGACUACAAGAGCACGGACUGGGCGGAGUUUAGAUCGACCAUGAAUAACCUCACAACUAUAAGAGACAACAUUUCCAAAUCACGGAUCAACGAGGUUUGUGAAGAAUUCAUAAAGAAUAUUCAAAAAUCUCGUGACGUCUCUACCAGGAAGAUAGAGGUGAAAGGGGAGCGAGAUAUUCUUCCGCAUGAUGUGGUUGAGCUCAUAAAGCAAAAACAUCGAGCCAGAAAAGAUUGGCAGCGCACAGGAGACCCCCGCAGCAAGGAUCAAAUGCUGAUACUUGCUGCGGAAGUUAAUGCGCGAAUUUAUGAGUUCACCAAUAUGAAGUGGAAGAACAAANUGGAUAAGAGUAUUCACGCACACAUGAUGACGUGA